CCCCCACUCCCCCUCCCCCCCCUUUCACCAGCCCCUCUUCCUCUGUUUCUACCAGCCACCGGGGGGUGCUCUUGGGUCCCCGAGAUCUCGCCGGAAUUCUCCUGUGAUCGCCGCAAACUGCCGGCAUCCGGCGUCGAUCUCGCCGGAACCAUGGCUUCCGGCAGAUACAUGGCCUGCUCUCCCUCUACGGCCCCCCACUCCCCUCACAUCACCGGCAUGCGCUCCAUCACCAGCGCGUUCGUCGAACAGCAGAGGUAUCUAGCAGAGUUGCUGGCAGAGCGUCAAAAGCUUGUCCCCUUUAUGGCCGUACUGCCACACUGCUAUUGGUUGCUGAACCAAGAAAUUAUGCGUGUAACCACACUGUUGGGGAAUGCCUCUCUUUUAGAUCAAACUGGGCUUGAACAUGGUAGCCCGCUGACCACCGGAGGAUUAUUUUCGAAUGGAGGAGCGGCUGAUAUGAAUGGGUGGGCAUCAUCAUUUCAACCAGAAAGGUUAGGGUUGUUACAGCCUUCAUCAGCACAUGGCUGGCUUGGACAGCAAGGCAGCUCCUCAGGUCUCAUUGUCAAAAAAACUAUCAGGGUUGAUAUUCCUAUGGACAAAUACCCAAAUUACAACUUUGUCGGGCGGCUCCUUGGUCCUAGAGGAAAUUCUCUCAAGCGAAUGGAAGCAAGUACUGAAUGUCGUGUCCUAAUUAGAGGACGGGGUAGCAUCAAAGAUCCUGCGCGAGAGGAAACAAUGAGAGGAAAGCCAGGAUAUGAACAUCUGAAUGAGCCCCUUCACAUACUCAUAGAAGCUGAGUUGCCCGUUGAAAUUGUUGAUGCUCGCUUGAUGCAAGCUCGUGACAUUCUUGAAGAGCUGCUGAAGCCUGUGGAUGAAUCGCUAGAUUUCUUCAAAAAGCAGCAGCUUAGAGAGCUUGCUAUGCUCAAUGGAACACUUCGUGAAGAUGUUCCGCAAUCACCUUCCGUAUCUCCCUUCCACAACAGCCUCAGCAUGAAGAGAGCCAAGACAAGGGUGUAGAUUGAGAUUGUCGUCUUGCUGCCCCUCUUUCUGGGGGCCAUCUUUGUCUGCCAUGUUACUGCCAAAUCUCCAUGAAGGGUUGCAACGUCAAAUCCAUGCUCCCAUUAACAAGAUGUGCAAUGGGACAAGGCAUGCUCUAACUUGGGUUCUGUCUGAAGUUCGUGUUCCUGCUACUGAGGGUUUGUUGGAUAUAUUGGGAUAUAGAUGGCAAACCAUUUCGGGUUGUGGAGUCUGCCUAUGUAUGUGCCUUACUAAGUGAAGAACAAAACCUUGUGAUCUUAAUCCAGAGUUAUAUGCUUGCAUUUUACAGUUUGAUACCAUUGUGGGGGUUGUAUAGAAAAAACCGGUCGGGUUUGUGUAUAAAACUGUGAGACAGUAGUUCAUAGUCCCCUAAAGCAGGUCUGGGUAGUUGAGCGUCCUCAAUAAGAGUUCUAAAUCUUAUUUAUGACCUUGGUGAUUAAAUUCUUUGAUUAUGUGGAUGGUGAUAGUUCCUGUGGUUUCCUGGUGCAUGUAUCUGAAUGCAGCUUAUUCAAGCUGCAAAAAUAGCUAGUAAAGGAAGAUAGCCUACUGGGUA